GAACAGUGUCAAAUAUUGAGUCUUUCUCCAAGUCCAUUGUUUCCCUCCCCUAUACACCACCCUCCACCCCUCUAUGUCCCAAUGUUUUCGUCGUCACAUCCCUCGGUCCAUGAGGAAUGUCGGGUCUGUAUGGUUUAAAAUAGCCCCGUAUCAUCUUCAGCCUGACACGCUGCUCCAGCGAGGCUCAUAGUGGUGCGAGCAGCAGGAAUGUGAAGAUGGCUACAGAUCUGGGAGAGCUACUGGUCCCGUACAUGCCCACCAUUAGAGUACCGAGGACAGGAGACAGGGUUUUCAAGAGUGAAUGCGCUUUUUCCUACGACUCUCCUGAAUCGGAAGGAGGUCUAUAUGUGUGUUUGAACACAUUCCUGGGAUUUGGAAGAGAACACGUGGAGAGACAUUACCGUAAAACUGGACAGAGUGUGUACAUGCACUUAAAACGGCAUGUGAAACAGAAAGCCACAGGUGCUGCAGGGGGUGCCAUACCAAGAAGAAGGAAUGGAAAAGUAUUUUUAGAUUUAGAGCUUAACCGUGAUUUUAAUGGAGAUGAUUAUGAGUACGAAGAUGAAGCCAAGCUUGUCAUAUUUCCAGACCACUUUGAGAUCCCUUUACCAAAUAUUGAGGAAUUGCCCGCACUGGUGACAAUAGCCUGUGACGCCAUCCUCAAUGCACAAUCUCCAUACAAAAAGCAGGAGUCAGAUUCAUGGGAAGAGGAGAUCCAAGUAUCUAAACAUGCCCGAAGUCUCAGACAGCAGGAGAAUGGAGUUCGAAUUCCUCCCAGCGGCUGGAAGUGCGCCAAGUGUGAAAUGAGAGAAAACCUGUGGCUAAACCUGACGGAUGGCUCUGUCCUCUGUGGGAAAUGGUUCUUUGAUGGGAGCGGAGGGAAUGGACAUGCCCUUGAUCACUACAAAGAAACCAACUUCCCCCUGGCAGUGAAACUCAACACAAUCACCCCAGAUGGAGCAGAUGUUUAUUCCUUCGACGAAGAAGAAGCAGUGGUUGAUCCUCACAUAUCAGAACAUUUGUUACACUUUGGAAUAGAUAUGCUGCAAAUGCAAAGGACAGAGAAUGGUCAUCAUACAGACAACCACGUGCAGCUGCGCGUGAGUGACUGGGAAGUGAUUCAGGAGGCUGGUCUAAAGCUAAAGCCCGUCUAUGGCUCAGGAUAUACGGGCAUCAAAAACCUGGGCAACAGCUGCUACCUGAGCACCACUAUGCAAGUGCUUUUCAGUAUUCCAGAGUUCCAGAGAGCGUAUGUUGGGAACCUACAGAGAAUAUUUGACUACUCGCCCCUUGAUCCAAGCCAGGAUUUCAACACACAGAUGGCAAAAUUUGGUCAUGGACUUCUCUCAGGCCAGUACUCAAAACCUCCAAUGAAAUCAGAACUAAUUGAACAGGUGAUGAAAGAAGAAUACAAGCAGCUGCAACGAGGGAUUUCACCUAAGAUGUUCAAAGCGCUGGUCAGUAAAGGACACCCAGAGUUUUCCUCAAACCGGCAACAAGACGCUCACGAAUUCUUCCUGCAUUUAAUUAACCUGGUGGAGGUACGAAAGUGUUUUUCUAUCUAAUGUGCUUCUUUUGU